AGAGCGCGCACAGGAGCGAGCGCUCGCACUCCAGCUCUGCGUUCAGUCCCAAGCGCUUCUGACCGUCGCUCCUCUGUGGAAAUUUCUCUAUUGCAACCGAACAAACCCAUAAGCAGCCAUGGAUGCCAUUAAGAAGAAGAUGCAGAUGCUCAAGCUCGACAAGGAGAAUGCCUUGGACCGAGCUGAGCAGGCUGAGGGAGACAAAAAGGCAGCGGAGGACAGGAGCAAACAGCUUGAGGAUGACCUCCUCGCACUGCAGAAGAAACUGAAGGGCACUGAGGAUGAGCUCGACAAAUAUUCUGAGGCUCUUAAAGAUGCACAGGAGAAACUGGAGCUGGCUGAAAAGAAAGCCGCAGAUGCUGAGGGUGAUGUAGCUUCCCUGAACAGACGUAUCCAACUGGUUGAGGAGGAGUUGGAUCGCGCACAGGAGCGUUUGGCCACUGCCCUGCAGAAGCUGGAGGAGGCCGAGAAGGCUGCCGAUGAGAGCGAGAGAGGCAUGAAGGUCAUUGAGAACAGAGCUCUGAAGGAUGAGGAGAAGAUGGAGAUCCAGGAGAUCCAGCUCAAGGAGGCUAAACACAUCGCAGAGGAGGCCGACCGCAAAUAUGAGGAGGUGGCUCGUAAGCUGGUGAUCGUUGAGGGUGAGCUGGAGCGUACAGAGGAGCGUGCUGAGCUGAAUGAGAGCAAAUGCUCUGAGCUUGAGGAAGAGUUGAAAACUGUGACCAACAACCUGAAGUCCCUGGAAGCCCAGGCUGAGAAGUACUCACAGAAAGAAGACAAAUACGAGGAGGAGAUCAAGGUCCUUACUGACAAACUGAAGGAGGCCGAGACCCGUGCCGAGUUCGCUGAGAGGUCAGUCGCCAAGCUUGAGAAGACCAUCGAUGACCUUGAAGAUGAGUUGUAUUCCCAGAAACUCAAGUACAAAGCCAUCAGUGAGGAGCUGGACCACGCUCUCAACGACAUGACUUCAAUAUAAAUUGUUCAUCAAAGACGCGUCCCGCCGGCUGAACGACUUCACUCUGCUCUUUCCAGCCUUUCUUUUCCUGUCAUCCCUCCACGUUUUAUCCAUCUCUUCUUGUACAGAACCUUUAAUUCUUUCGGCUGUAUGUAAAACUAUGUAAACGUCUCUUUUUGUUCUUUAUUUCCUUUUCAUUUCUAUGUGCUUUUAUUGAUGUGGCUCUAAUAAAGUCAGAAGCACUGGUAGAAGUCUUCUAUGGUUAUUAUAUGCGAUGUUAUAUCAAGGAAAAGCAAGCUUUUGUUCCAUAAGUGUUUAAUAAAGCCGAUCUUUUCAUGUGGGUAGGUUUCUAGAGCGCUGCAUGUUGGUUUGCCCAUAUUUACAUGUUAGGCAAAUUUAUUCUGUCCUACUAUUCAAAUUUCGGUGGCUUUUUAAUCAGGUUUUCACAUGAAGGUAGAUGACGGUCAGUUCUGUUCUAGCGUCUGUUCAUUAAACCGCAUGAUUACCUGUUAUUUAUAAGCUGUGAUAGUAGUAAAUGUUCAAACAAAAAACCAAAAAAAGUACCCCUGUGGUGAUUAAACCUGUUCUGUCUGAGAAUAGAGGUUUCACAAGCUAGCAUUGCUAAUACUUUGCUUGUGGUUAUAGUAUUAAACGCUAAUGAAAAUGAAUUGUCAAAUUGUACUGCGUGUUCAUAGACUUGCAUUAAAAGAGCAGAUCUAAACCAAAUCUAUGAGAAUAUGAUGUCUAAUACUCGGAGAACCCUAGCAAUCUUUUCAGAAAAUUAUUAAUUUAUGUUGCAUAACACUAGGUCCUAUAUUUACACAAUCUGAGUGAAUUGUUGAUAUAAUGGUGUUUUACAACACAUUCCUCACUUUUUAUUAAAGGAGAACUGUGUUUCAAUAGA